UUCUAAAGCAGUAUGUGGCCCUCCCCCACAUCAUAGCCUACACUUCGCAUUCAAAUUAUACCGAGUCGACCACUUGGGCUGCAACGUCGCAGCGCAUGAACGGAUUGCUUUAACGUUGCUCCACACUGUGGACAAAAUGGAGAAGCCUGUGUUGCUUAGCCAGUCAUCAACAUUGCCCUUCUAUGAUACUUCUCAUGCUUUGAACUUGUUACGUGGUAUUCAUGAGCUGCGGGCAGAGCAGAAAUUCUUUGAUGUGACAUUGUCGGUGGAAGGCAAAGAGUUUCGCUGCCACCGAACUGUGCUAGCUGCAGCCAGUACCUACUUCAGAGCCAUGUUUGCUGGCACACUACGCGAAAGUGCCAUGGACCGUGUGGAGCUCCAUGAGGUAUCUGCAGAACUCUUGGGGCUACUGGUGGACUUCUGCUACACUGGACGGGUGACAGUGAGCCAUGAAAAUGUGGACGUUUUGCUGAAGGCUGCAGACCUGUUCCAAUUUCCCUCUGUAAAAGAAGCCUGCUGUGCAUUCCUAGAACAACAGCUGGAUGUGUCUAAUUGCCUGGAUAUUCAGGACUUUGCUGAGGCAUAUGCAUGCCGUGGUCUGGCAGAAAGUGCUCAGCGUUUCAUCUUGAAGAAUAUUGUGGAUCUGGCAAAGGGUAAAGAAUUUGAGAAACUACCUAGAAAGCGUAUAUUUGAGUACCUGUCAGAUGACCAACUCUGUGUGGACAAAGAGGAAACUGCUUACCAGAUUGCUGUGCGCUGGGUCAAGGCGGACAUCCCCCACAGACUUCACUUUUGGCCUGAACUUUUCCAGCACAUUAGGCUGCCUUUUAUCCGAAGAUUCUACCUUCUAGCACAUGUGGAGAGUGAUCCACUGGUCUACUUAUCACCUUUCUGCUUACAGCUGGUCAGUGAAGCUCGCACAUUUCAGUCAGCAGAAUAUGACCGCCAUGAUCAUCCAUGUGAGCGCAUGCAACCGCGUCCCUCAACCGGAUUGGCAGAAAUAUUAGUGGUCAUCGGGGGCUGUGAUCAAGACUGUGAUGAACUUGUCACAGUUGACUGUUUCAAUCCUCAGACUGGACAGUGGAGGUAUUUGGCAGAGUUUCCAGACCAUUUAGGUGGAGGAUACAGCAUCACGGCUCUAGGAAAUGACAUUUAUGUUACAGGUGGUUCCGAUGGCUCUCGACUCUACGACGGAGUAUGGCGCUACAAUUCAAGUGUAAAUGAAUGGACGGAAGUGUCACCCAUGCUAAAAGCUCGAGAGUACCAUACUUCUUGUGUGUUGAGGGGUCAAUUAUAUGUGGUUGCUUCGGACAGCACAGAGAGAUAUGAUCAUUCUCUAGACACUUGGGAGGCACUGCGGCCUAUGCUGCAUCCCAUGGACAAUUGCUCUACUACUGCUUGCCAGGGCAAACUCUAUGCCAUUGGAUCUCUGGCUGGAGAAGAGACUAUGGUGGUUCAGUGCUAUGACCCAGAGACUGAUCAGUGGUCCUUGGUGAACUGUGGACAGCUGCCACCAUGGUCCUUUGCACCAAAGACUGUGACUUUAAAUGGCUGUAUCUAUUUUGUCAGGGAUGAUUCAGCAGAAGUGGACACUUACAAUCCCGUCAAGAACCAGUGGGGGAAGAUACCACCCAUGAAACAGGUGCACGUUGGUGGCAGUGUAGCAGCUCUGGGUGGAAAGCUGUUUGUUUCCGGGGGUUACGACAACACUUUCGAACUGUCAGAUGUGGUGGAAGCCUAUGAUCCAAUUUCUCACACUUGGACCCAUGCAGCCCGGCUUCCUCAGCCUACUUUCUGGCAUGGUAGUGUUAGCAUUUUCCGUCAAUUCAUGCCACUUGUGGCCAGCGGUUUUGAGUCUGUUCUAGACCAUGGCAGUCGAGGCAUACAGUUAAACAGAAACCACCUGAAUCGUGCCCAGUAGCCUGCAAGCUGCAUCUGCAUCUUCAGCCAUGUGGAACUUUUAUCUCCGGGUGGAAAGUGGCAUCUCAAGCGACUCACCUUUCCAUUAAGCUGUCUUGACAUUUGCUACUGAGCUUUAUUGAACUUCUAGUAAUAUUUAAGGCAUUAUUUAUGUAUUUAAGGGUAGUAUGGGGCCUAAUAUUGGCUGUGCUUACUGUUACAUCAUUUGUUGUUGAGCUUUCAUGGCUGCUAUAGAUAACUGGUUUAAAGUGUUUUCCACCAUGAAAAGUUCUGCCUUCAAUGACACCUUUUGUCCCACAUCUGCUCCUUGUUCCACUGAAGCAUCUGUUUACCAGUUGUGUCUUAUUUAACCCUUAACUACUUGCACCAUGUCUCAUCUCAGUAUUUGUGCGGUGUACUUUAUGCACCAGUGUUAAAAUGGCUAUUUAUUUGCAUGCUGUGAGGUUGUAAUACACAAUAUUUUUAAAUUGUACACGUUUUUAAUGUAAUUUUAGUACCAUAUUACUGAACAUAUCCACUUCUCCAGUGCUCAUUUUGUCACUGGUCAUACUUUCAUUCACUGCAGGAUUUCCACUUCACUUCAGUUGUUGAAUGUUCUUUGCAGACAAAGUCAGUGCAAGAAGAACAUCUGAUCGUUGUAAUACAUAUGUAAGUACCUGCGCAGUGUACCAAAUGCACCAUAUGGAACCUGCAUCUGUGCACCCACUCAUAAAACUGGCUGGGGGCACACUAGAGGGAAACCAUCGUGACACUGUACUUGUACUGAAUCAAGCUGAGGAGAGGUGGUGGAUGCUGCUGGUAGGUUCAAGGAAAAGGACGUUGGACAAAAAUAACAGUGGUGUACAAAAUACACCAUUGUGAGUAGUUAAGGGUUAAACUCUUCCUCCCCUUAUUUCAACUUGCAUGAUAAUUCUGAAGUUGCCCACUGUGUGCAUAUGUCAAGAAAAUACAGGUGUGCAGACGUUCAGGUAGACACUGCCACCAUAUGUAACACCUACAAAGCUCACAGAACAUCAUGGUUUAGGGGGGUAAGAACACAGCACAACAGUCAAGGAAGUGUGCACAAGAAAAGAAAAAUCUUGAUUUACAUUUUGAACGUGUGUGUAUGUGCACAUUAAAAUAUGAAUAAAGGUUGCUUCUAAUAAUUUGGUUGAAUGAAGGUGGAAAGUUUGCUUUCAGACAGGACUGUGGGUAGCUGUACUUGCAAAUACAGUUUAUUAAAAAACACCUCAGCAUGAUAUUUAAAGCCAUAUAUGUAAAUGAUAAACUUUACCAUGUUCUCA